ACAACAAAACCAGACGGGCCCUUUACCCUUUUCUUCGCUCGUUGCCCGACAUAAACAAAACCUUUGCUGCUUCCUAUAUUCGCUUUCUUCACCUGGAACCAACCACAGGAGUCUGACUACCUCUCUCUCGCACCGAAUCACUGCUUGUAGAAUGCGCUAGAAGGUGUCAAGAUACACCCUUUUACAUAUUUGGUGAAGUCAAAGCUGCUGAUUGAAACAUUCAUAUUCUCCGUUUUUACAAUGGCCAACAAUUCUCAGUAUCCUGGCAUACAGCCGCCUCGACCUCCUGUUGCCGCCAUGGGACCACCUCCAAACACUUAUCCACCGGUCGCAAUGCAAUUCCGCCCAGCAGGUCCGCCACGGCCGCCACCGCCAUAUAUGCCUAUUGUAUCUCAACAGUUUCUUGCUGUGAGGCCAAAUAUGGUGUCUCAGCCGAUGCAACAUUUACCUCCUAGACCUGGACCACCAGCGCCACCGCUGGCACAUAGCAUAGCGCCACCUCCUCCACCGCCGCCUGCCGCUCAAGUUUUUCCAGUGCCUGAUGUUCAACCGAUCCGACCUGUAAUGUCUGUAUCACCACAGGCCCAACAGGCUGUUCCAGCACCUAAUAACUAUGGGCCCGGUCAGAGCGGUCCACGGGCUGCCAUAUCUUUAUCAUACAACUUACCGACACCAGCACCCGCUCAAGCACACGUAAACGCAGAAGUAACAAGCCAAUACCAGCCGAUAUCCUCAACAAAUAUGCAUGGUUUUCCUCUAGGUGGACCGGCUGUAACACCUAUGUUGCAGCCUGCUGAAGUUGCAUCUUCUGUUCAAGUAACAACUGAUCUACCCAAAGCUGCAUCAGAUUGGAUUGAACAUACUUCUCACAAAGGAAAAAGAUACUAUUACAACAAAAAGACAAAAAUAUCCAGCUGGGAGAAGCCUCUCGAGUUGAUGAGCCCAACUGAGAGGGCCGAUGCAUCUACAAAUUGGAAGGAAUAUCCUGCUCCCGAUGGAAGAAAGUACUACUAUAACAAGGUUACCAAGCAAUCAAAGUGGAAAAUACCCGAUGAACUCAAGUUGGCUCGUGAGCAAGUGAUAACCAAAUCUAAUACCAACGAACAGCAGUCAACAAAGGAUCCCGAUAACGAAACCCUGGUUCCAUCACUGACUCCUGGCUCAGAUAGCCCAUCGUCUCAGGCUCACGAACCGGGACCGAGCCCUGUUCCAGUGCCUGAUCUUAUUCCACCUGUGCAAUCAGGAUCUGUUUUGACCUCUGAGCCAACAGCAUCGAUCGAGUCUUCUAAAGGGACAACAAAUGCCGCUGAAGAAACACCAAUGACCGAAACGUUACCAUUGAGUACUGUGGAGAUUGUUUCGGCAAACAAUGCGGUAAUUGCAGAAAAUGGUACCAUCGAGGAAUUCAAUAAAGGCAGUGUAACUAACGAUAGCGCUAAUGGUGCUGCUUUAGAAGAAAAGGCAUUUGAUCAGGAAACCCAAGUUUACGAGGAUAAGCAGGAGGCUAAAAAUGCAUUUAAGGCUCUUCUAGAAAAUGCAAACGUUGCUUCUGAUUGGACUUGGGAUCAGACAAUGAGGGUAAUUAUUAAUGACAGAAGAUACGGUGCUCUCAGAUCACUUUCAGAGCGGAAGCAAGCUUUCACUGAGUUUAUAGUACAAAAGAAAAAACAGGAAGCAGAACAGAGGCGGGCUAAACACAAGAAAGCACGCGAGGAGUUUAAGAAAAUGCUAGAAGAGUCAAAGGAGAUCACAGUGUCCACUAAAUGGAGCAAAGUGGCUGCUAUCUUUGAGGAUGAUGAUCGCUUCAAAGCAAUUGAGCGAUUGAAAGACCGCGAGGACCUCUAUGACGAUUAUAUAACGGAACGUGAAAAAAAGGAGCGGUCAAAGGCUUUAGAGGAGCACAAGAAAAACAGGAAGGAGUACAUUGAGUUUUUAAAAUCUUGCGAUUUCCUCACGGCAAGCAGUCAGUGGCGGAAAGUGCAAGGUCGCUUAGAAGCUGAUGAAAGUUGCUUGCGCCUUGAAAAAGUUGAUCGUUUAGAAAUAUUCCAAGAAUAUAUACGUGAUUUAGAAAAGGAUGAGGAAGAGCAGAGGAAAUUACGAGCGGAAGAAUUAAGAAAAACAGAGCGUAAAAAUCGGGAUGAAUUUCGCAAAUUAAUGGAUGAACAUAUUGCUUCUGGGAUGCUGACUUCAAAAAGUCACUGGCGUGACUAUUGCGUAAAAGUGAAAGAAUCACCUGCUUAUUUAGCAGUGUCAUCAAACAGUUCCGGUGCCACCCCGAAAGAUUUGUUUGAAGAUGUAUUAGAGGAGCUUGAGAAGCAGUAUACGGAGGACAGGGACCGAAUAAAAGAAAUAGUGAAGAUGAGAAAGGUUUCCAUUUUAUCUACGUGGACUAUUGAAGACUUCAAGAAUGCAAUUGCUGAAGAUAUUAGCUCACAACCGGUUUCAGAUGUUAAUUUAAAGCUUGUAUUUGAUGAGUUACUAGAGAGAGCUCAAGAGAAGGAGGAGAAAGAAGUCAAAAGGCGUAAACGUGUUGUAGAUGACUUUUACGCAUCUUUGACAACUUAUAAGGAAAUAACUUCAUCUUCCCGAUGGGAAGACGUUAAGCCCCUUUUUGAAGAUAGGCUAGAAAGCUGUGUGGAGGAAAGCGUCUUUAGGGAGAUGUUUGACAAAUACAUAACAGAACUAAAGAAAGCAAGAGAUGAGCGGAAGCACAGGGAGGAUAAGGGUAAAGAUAGAGAUAGGAGGACAGAAAAAUCAAGAAGGGACAAGAAUAAUAAAGGUAAAAGCGAUAAACGCCGAAGGGAUCAUUCUAGGGAUUCUCACAGACAUAGUGCUGAACGUAAAAAGACAAAACAGUUGGAGCAACAGUCAUCUGCGUCGGCAGAAUAUGAGAGCAGACAUAAGAGACACAAGAGAGAUUAUAGACGUGAUGAUCAAAGAGUAUCCGAGGAUCAUAGGCAUGAUGAUCAGAGAGUAGCUGAAGAUGGUGAACUUUGGUAGUUAUUUAACCGCUUCCCUUUCUGUAGAUAGUUUCAGCUUCUUAAAUUUGUACAUGCUCUUCUUACAUAGAGGUUUCUUUUUGUGUUAAGUUUUUAAAAAGGUGGUUAAAUUAAUCAUAGAUAGCUGCAGCCGCAUGGGCAGAAAAUCGAAUUGGGCUGGUCAGUUUGAAUAUGUCCCAGUGAUUAAACUAUAACAUCGAUUAUAAGUAUUGGUAGAGAUUAUGGUUUUAAUUAUGGGUAUU